CGUGGGCUUUGCGCAAGUUCUCCGCUCCCUGCUCGCAGGGCCACGGGAAGUCGGGGCGCGUUCGAGCAGCGGCUCUUCAAGACUCUCAGGAGCCGAGACCGCUGUUCGCAUCCGCCGCGUCUUUCCGCUGGAGUCUGAAUCUCUUCUUCAAAGGUUCACGCCUUGGUGAACAUUCCGAGGGAAAGCCCGAGGUCGCGAUGGAUCUUGAAGACGGCCGCAAUGGAAGAGCAGGGGGGGGAAAUUUCUUGAAAAGGGACAAAAAAAGGCAAUGAGUAUCUGACUGUGGUAGAAGUAAUUGUGAGACGAGUGUACUACCAAAGAAUUAUUAGAAUGGUGUAAAAUUAUCCUGACUAUGUAUAGAAUUGGUUCUGUAAUCACAUAAGAAAAAUAAAGUUUUUCAGUAAAAAAGAUGAGAAGAAAGAAAAGAAACCAACUGUCAGUACUUUUACAAUGUUCCGCUAUUCAAAUUGGCUUGAUAGGUUGUGUAUGGUGCUGGGGACUUUGGCUGCCAUCAUCCACGGAGCUGGACUCCCCCUCAUGAUGCUAGUGUUUGGAGACAUGACGGAUAGCUUUGCAGGUGCUGGAAAUCUCGGGAACAUAACUCUUUCAAACAUAAGUAAUACAAGUACUAUAGACAGAACAGAGUAUGGCAAGAAGCUGGAGAAGGAAAUGACCACGUAUGCCUACUAUUACUGUGGAAUUGGUGCUGGCGUGCUUAUUGCCGCUUACAUCCAGGUCUCGUUCUGGUGUCUGGCCGCUGGAAGACAAGUACACAGAAUCAGAAAACAGUUUUUUCAUGCCAUCAUGCAACAGGAGAUAGGCUGGUUUGAUGUGCAUGACGUUGGAGAACUUAACACCCGCCUCACAGAUGACGUCUCCAAAAUUAAUGAAGGAAUUGGUGACAAAAUCGGAAUGUUCUUUCAGGCAAUGGCGACAUUCUUCACCGGUUUUAUAAUAGGAUUUACAAGAGGUUGGAAGCUCACCCUUGUGAUUCUGGCCAUCAGUCCUGUUCUUGGCCUGUCAGCUGCUAUCUGGGCAAAGAUACUGUCUUCAUUUACUGAUAAAGAACUUUUGGCAUAUGCAAAAGCUGGAGCAGUAGCUGAAGAGGUCUUAGCGGCUAUUAGAACUGUGAUUGCAUUUGGAGGACAAAAGAAAGAACUUGAAAGGUACAACAAAAACUUGGAAGAAGCCAAGAGAAUUGGAAUAAAGAAGGCUAUCACGGCCAACAUCUCUAUGGGAGCUGCUUUUCUGUUGAUCUAUGCAUCCUAUGCCCUGGCGUUCUGGUAUGGGACCUCCUUGGUCCUCUCAAGAGAAUAUUCCAUUGGACAAGUGCUCACAGUCUUCUUUUCUGUAUUAAUUGGAGCGUUUAGUGUUGGACAGGCAUCUCCAAACAUUGAGGCAUUUGCAAACGCAAGAGGAGCAGCUUAUGAAGUCUUCAAGAUCAUUGAUAACAAACCAAGCAUCGACAGCUAUUCAAACACUGGGCACAAACCCGACAAUAUUAAAGGAAAUCUGGAAUUCAGAAAUGUUCACUUCCAUUACCCAUCUCGAAAUGAAGUUAAGAUCUUGAAGGGCCUCAACUUGAAGGUAGGGAGUGGGCAGACGGUGGCCCUGGUUGGGAACAGCGGCUGUGGGAAGAGCACCACCGUCCAGCUGAUGCAGAGGCUGUAUGACCCCACGGAGGGCAUGGUCAGUAUUGACGGACAGGAUAUCAGGACCAUCAACGUAAGGUAUCUGCGGGAGAUUAUCGGGGUGGUGAGUCAGGAGCCUGUGCUGUUUGCCACCACGAUAGCUGAGAACAUUCGCUACGGCCGUGAAGAUGUCACCAUGGAUGAGAUUCAGAAAGCUGUGAAGGAAGCCAACGCCUAUGACUUUAUCAUGAAACUGCCUAAUAAAUUUGACACCCUGGUUGGAGAGAGAGGAGCCCAGCUAAGCGGUGGACAGAAGCAGAGAAUUGCCAUUGCCCGGGCCCUGGUUCGCAACCCCAAGAUCCUCCUGCUGGAUGAGGCCACCUCAGCGCUGGACACGGAGAGUGAAGCGGUGGUUCAGGCUGCCCUGGAUAAGGCCAGAGAAGGCCGGACCACCAUUGUGAUAGCGCAUCGUCUGUCCACGGUUCGCAAUGCUGACGUCAUCGCUGGUCUUGAUGAUGGAGUCAUCGUGGAGGAAGGCAGUCAUGAUGAGCUCAUGGGGAAGAGAGGCAUUUACUUCAAACUUGUCACAAUGCAGACAAAAGGAAAUGAACUUGAAUUGGAAAAUACCCCUGGUGAAUCCCUAAGUAAAAUUGAUGACUUGUACACGUCCUCCCAAGAUUCAAGAUCCAGUCUAAUCAGAAGAAAAUCAACUCGCAGGAGUAUCCGUGGAUCCCAAAGCCAGGACAGAAAGCUCAGUACAGAAGAAACUUUGGAUGAAAGUGUACCUCCCGUUUCCUUUUGGAGGAUUCUGAAGCUGAAUAUAACUGAAUGGCCUUAUUUUGUGGUUGGUGUAUUUUGCGCCAUUAUAAAUGGAGCUCUGCAACCAGCAUUCUCAGUCAUAUUUUCAAGGAUUAUAGGAAUCUUCACCAGAGGUGACGAUGACGAGACCAAACGACAGAACAGUAACUUGUUUUCACUGUUGUUUCUAAUCCUUGGAAUUAUUUCUUUUAUUACAUUUUUCCUUCAGGGCUUCACGUUCGGCAAAGCAGGCGAGAUCCUCACCAGGCGGCUGCGGUACCUGGUUUUCAGGUCGAUGCUGAGACAGGAUGUGAGCUGGUUCGAUGACCCUAAAAACACCACGGGAGCAUUGACGACCAGGCUUGCCAAUGACGCCGCUCAAGUUAAAGGGGCUAUAGGUUCCAGGCUUGCUGUAAUUACCCAGAAUAUUGCAAAUCUUGGCACAGGCAUUAUUAUAUCCCUCAUCUAUGGCUGGCAGUUAACACUUCUCCUGUUAGCAAUUGUACCCAUCAUUGCAGUAGCAGGAGUUAUUGAAAUGAAAAUGCUGUCUGGACAAGCCCUGAAAGAUAAGAAAGAACUGGAAGGUGCUGGGAAGAUUGCCACUGAAGCGAUAGAAAACUUCCGGACUGUUGUUUCUUUGACUCGGGAGGAGAGGUUUGAAUAUAUGUAUGCCCAGAGUUUGCAGGUACCAUACAGAAACUCUUUGAGGAAAGCGCAUGUCUUUGGAAUUACAUUUUCCAUCACUCAGGCAAUGAUGUAUUUCUCCUAUGCUGGCUGUUUCCGGUUUGGUGCCUACUUGGUGGCCCAAGGCAUCAUGGAGUUUCAGGAUGUUCUCUUAGUGUUCUCAGCUGUUGUCUUUGGUGCCAUGGCUGUGGGACAGGUCAGUUCAUUUGCUCCUGACUAUGCCAAGGCCAAAGUGUCAGCAGCCCACGUCAUCAAUAUCAUUGAAAAAAUUCCUCUGAUCGACAGCUACAGCACGGAAGGCCUAAAGCCGAGUACAGUAGAAGGAAGUGUGGCAUUUAAUGACGUCGUGUUCAACUACCCGACUCGACCAGACGUCCCGGUGCUUCGGGGGCUGAGCCUGGAGGUGAAGAAGGGCCAGACGCUGGCCCUGGUGGGCAGCAGCGGCUGCGGGAAGAGCACGGUGGUCCAGCUCCUGGAGCGGUUCUAUGACCCCUUGGCUGGCACAGUGUUUAUCGAUGGCAAGGAAGUAAAGCAGCUGAAUGUCCAGUGGCUGCGUGCACACAUGGGCAUCGUGUCCCAGGAGCCCAUUCUGUUUGACUGCAGCAUCGGCGAGAACAUCGCCUACGGAGACAACAGCCGGGUCGUGUCCCAGGAGGAGAUUGAGCACGCGGCCAAGGAGGCCAACAUCCACUCCUUCAUCGAGAUGCUGCCGGACAAAUACAACACCAGAGUAGGAGACAAAGGAACUCAGCUCUCUGGUGGCCAGAAACAGCGCAUUGCCAUAGCUCGCGCCCUUGUUAGACAGCCUCACAUCUUGCUUCUGGAUGAAGCUACCUCGGCUCUGGACACGGAAAGUGAAAAGGUGGUCCAAGAAGCCCUGGACAAAGCCCGAGAGGGCCGCACCUGCAUCGUGAUCGCUCACCGGCUGUCCACCAUCCAGAACGCAGACUUGAUAGUGGUGUUUCAGAAUGGCAGAAUCAAGGAGCACGGCACACACCAGCAGCUGCUGGCACAGAAAGGCAUCUAUUUCACCAUGGUCAGUGUCCAGGCUGGAGCAAAGCGCUAGUGAACGGUGACCAUAUAAGCUGUCAAAUAUUGUCUUAUAGUACUUUUGUUAAAAUAUGGCAGUUAAUAAAAAUUAAAAAGCGAACACCUACCAGAGAAACUAUGUAGAGUUACUUAUUUAACAUUUCCUGCCGCAAUGGAAGAUCCAUCCCACUCUGUUCUGGGUCUUCAGAGACUUUAUAAUUGAAAGAACAGAAAGAAGCAUCACCGACGGGAGUAAAUCAGUGGGUUUGCAUUAGACAAGUUAUAGAAUCAUUCAAAGUAGAUUUUGUUAAUAAAGUGUAUAAUUUUUAUUUAUAUUUUCUUAUUCGAAUUGUAACUGACGACCCUGCUAAAAGAUUAUAGAAGUAGCAAAAAGUACUGAAUGUUUGCAUAUAGUGCCUAUAAUAAAACUAAACUUUUAUAUGAGUCA